UUGAUUUUCUUCUUGACAUUGCUUGGCAGCGACUGGCAUUACGCCGUUGAUCAACGUGACUAGUAUACUCUGAGAUGAACCGGAGCAAUGUUGACCACUCGGCGGAAUCCAUGUUUUUUGUGAAGACAGCCUCGAAUUCCACUUCCUGAACCCACUCAUGUACCUGUGUCUGCACCUGGCUAUAGGUCGUUGACAAUUCUCGCAAGGACAUGUUGAUUGUUUUACGAGCACGCACUGAAUGUCAUCUAUUCAGAUCUUCCAGGGCUCCAGCCAUCAAUUGAGCGCUUGCCAAGUCCUCGCGGGUCCUCUUUUCAGUUACCAUUGUGUCAUCUCCUCUCCGCAAGUCUUGACCUUGUCUCGCUUUUCAGGGGCGCUCAACCGCCACAGCUCUAUUCAAAACGUCGUUCGAGACAAUAUGAAGGCCGUACGUACGCGUGAAGAAUCCCUUCAUGACCUUCAACGGCGCCGGUGGUGUACUGCAGCGUCCGUAGAGAGCAUCAAGAAAAAGCUCACCCGGAUGAAUCAUACUAAGGCGUUCGUGGACCAUUUCAUGCAAGGACAUGCGAGAUUUGGAUGCAAAAUUGCGCACGAACAAUCGACGAUCACGGUUUUUAAACGUAAAUGCACAAAAAACUGGCUGACACUUAAGUUUAGAGGUCUUGCAGAGUACUGUGAAAAGGGCAUGGUAUGCUCUGUACGCCGUGCUAAUUAUGAAGAAAUGCUACGUUGGGUUCGAGGUACGUCGUGUGCGAUCUUAUUGUUCAGGUGAAGCUUUAAAUACUCGUGCCGCUAGUCAAAUGCUCGUAUUUGUAAUACGUGUCAUGCUAGUAUAUAAUUUCAUGGCAUUAAAACUGCAGGCAGG